AACAAAUCAAAGACAUGAAUGAAAUUGAUAAAGUUAUUUAUUUUAUUGAAGGUCUUAAAUAUACAACUCGGAUAGAAGUCACCUAUCAAGCAUCAGCCAACUUGGAUAAAGCAUUAGACUUAGCAAUUUGUAGACCUGUACCAAUAGAACUAGACUAUGCCAGAAGCUCUUCAAGUAGUCAGCAUUAUGAAAAAAAAAGAGGAAUUGAUGAACCUAACCAGCCACCACAUAUCAUAACCAAUAAUAGCCUAGAACUAAUACAAGUAGAAAAAAAUCGCAAACGGUUAUUGAAAUUUAAUGGCAAAAUUAAUGGUCACCCUGCUUGGAUUCUUCUUGAUAGUGAAGUGUCCUGCAAUUUUAUUGACAAUGAUUUUGCUACCCAAAAUAAACUAAUAUUAAAAACUGUUUCUUCCUUAUCAGUUAAAUUAGCAGAUAAAAGCAAGGAAAACUAUAGUUGUAUCAUGCCAACUCCAAUAUCAAUUAGAGGAAAAAUACUUUGGUUUUCCAGUAUGCAACAAUUAGCCAAAGUGUCUAAUAGUAAAGAAAUUUUUACUAUACAUAUUAGUCAAAAAAGUAAUAAAGACACCAACACCCAACAACCAGAAAUUCAAAAGAUUCUUCAAAAUUUUAAAGAUGUUUUUCCUAAAAACCUAUCUGACUAUUUGCCCCAAAACGAACUAUUAACUAUACUAUUGAUCUUGUACCAG